AUGGGGGAUUGGAAUGCGAUUGUGGGUGAAAAUACAGACGGCAGAGAAGUUGGUAAAUACGGACUCGGAACAAGGAAUGAAAGAGGUGACCGUCUUGUCGAAUUCUGCAGACAACAUGAUUUAGUUAUAACCAAUACUUUAUUCAUGAAUCAUAAAAGAAGACGCUAUACGUAUAAAAUGCCAGGUGAUAUUAACAGAUACCAAUUAGACUACAUCAUGGUAAAGAAUAGGUACAAAAACCAGAUCAAAUCGAGUAAAUCCUACCCAGGAGCUGAUAUUGACAGUGACCACAACCUGGUAAUGAUCAAGUCCAUAUUGAAAUUCAAGAAGUUAGAAAAACCAAAAAAUAAAGGACAUAAAUGGAAUUUGUGUCAACUAAAGCAACCAGAAAUAAGAAAACUGUUCGAAAAGAAAUGCAAAGAAAAACUUGAAACCAAAAGUAAGCCGAGGAUAGAUGAUUGUAAUAAUAUAGAGCAUGGAUGGCGUCGCAUAAAAGAAUCUAUUGUCCAGUCUGCAGAAGAAAUAUUAACUAGGGAAAAACCAGCACCGAAACGCGAAUGGAUAACAAUGGAAAUAGUUCAAGAUAUAGAAAGAAGAAGAUUGCUUAAAAACAAAACAGAUGAAGAAAGUAAAAGACAAUAUAAGACGUUAAGAAAUAAAAUAAACCGUGAAGCAAAAAAAGCCAAAGAGAUGUGGAUUGAAAAGAAUUGUGAAGAAAUAGACAAUAUGAUGAAAUACAAUCAACAGGAUAAGGCAUAUAAACUCAUUAAACGAUACUUCAAUGAAAAAAAGUCACAAUGCACACACGUAAAGGAUAAAGAGGGAAAUUUACUUAUAGAUGAAAUAGCGAUAGCGAAUAGAUGGAAAGAAUACGUAGAAGAACUAUAUGGAGAAGAAAUAAACACCGACUUACUCGUUGAAACCCCAACCGACGGCGACUUUGAUUCAAAUGCAGAUACAAGGAUUCUAAAAUCAGAGUUUGAAGACGCACUUCAAACAAUGAAGAAAAAUAAAGCACCAGGCCCAGACGAAUUAAACACAGAACUCCUACAGCAGACAGGGGAUGAAAUAAAGAACGCUCUGUACGAACUGUUAUGUCAAAUAUACGAGACUGGGAAAAUUCCGAGAGAUUUUGGAUGUAGUAGAUUAGUUAUCCUACCAAAAAAACCUAGAGCCAACCAGUGCGAAAAUUUUAGGACCUUAAGCUUGAUAUCGCAUGCGGCUAAAUUACUAGCAAUAAUUGUAAGUAAAAGGAUAAGUAAGAGGAUAGAAGCUAGAUUAGCAAACGAUCAAUAUGGUUUCCGGAAGAACAAAGGAACCAGGGAGGCUAUUUUAGGUCUGAGAGUAAUAAUUGAAAAGCAAAUUGAGAGACAAAAAAUCACUUAUAUGGCUUUUGUAGACCUAGAAAAAGCAUUUGAUAGCUUAAAAUGGACAAAAUAUAGUCUGAAAAUAAAUGCAGCCAAGACCAAAGCCCUAGUAUGCUACAAGAAAAACAUACCAUCUAUAAAUAUAACAUUAGAAAACAAAGAAAUUAUCCAAGUAGACUAUUUCAAAUACUUAGGCAGCAUUAUAACAGACGACGGGAAAUCAACCAAGGAAAUUAGAAGCAGGAUAGGUCAAGCAAAGAAUACAUUCCUUAAAAAGAAAAAAAUACUAACAUCAAAAAAUAUGAACAUAGUAACGAAGAAACGGCUCAUAAAAACAUACGUCUGGAGUGUGGCAUUAUACGGAAGUGAGACCUGGACAAUUAAUAAGAAAGAAAAAGAUAUGUUAGAAGCUCUGGAGAUGUGGUGUUGGAGAAAGAUGCAGAGAAUAAGCUGGACUGAUAGAAGAUCAAAUGAAGACAUCCUGAGGACAAUAGAUGAAAAACGAACAUUUAUAGACAUUAUAAAGAGAAGGAGAUGGCAGAUGAUAGGACACACGUUGAGACAUGGAGAUGAAUUGCAUAGUUUAAUAAUUGAAGGAAUGAUAGAGGGUACAAGAUCAAGAGGAAGACCUAGGACGAGAUACAUUAGCCAAAUAAUGCAGGAUGGAGGAGUCACUUCCUACAGGGAACUUAAGAAUAUGGCAAAUGAUAGAGAAAAAUGGAGAAGCCAUUUAUUGUAA